UCUCACAAUAGUCCAUUCAUCCGUUCAUCCGUUUUUCUACCACUUAUCGUCUUCGGGUUCACUGGAAGCUAGAGUCUAUCCCAGCCGAAAGGCGGACUGCAUCCUGGAGUGUUCUCCAGGCAAUCACAGGACAGACAUAUAGACUAUUCACAUCGUCACUGAUGGGACUGAGUCCACGCUUGUUGUAGAGACACUGCCAAUAUAAAAGCUAUUCAAUUAAUUUUCUCCAUUACUAUAGCUGCCGCCAGCUAUAAAACGACUUGGUUAAAAAUGAAGAAAGAACCUAAAAGUCAAGCUCCUGCGUCUAGAAAGGAACCAGAUGAGAGACAACAAAGCAAAGCUGAGGUUAAAAGCGGACUCUCUCACAGCUCUGUGCUCAUGAACGUUGGAAAGUGUUUGCUUCUAAUCAUCGUCAUCCCUCCAUUCCUUAACUAUGCAUCGCUGCAGAGAGAAGGACAGAUGCUGCUGCCAAAAGAUGGCCAGAUUGUAGACGUCGGCUUGGGUCAAAGGAUGCAUCUCUUGUGUAAAGGACAGGGACAGCCAGUUGUGAUACUGGAUGCGCCAACCGGAAUGUCAUCAGAUAUUUGGUUUCAUGUCCAAGAGAGUGUUGCCACAUUAACAAAGGUUUGUGCCUAUGACCGAAUUGGACUGGGGUUCAGCAAGCGUCUGAUGCAGAAUGAAACCACGGGAACUGAGAAGGUUUGGGGGAUAUCCACAACUGGACGGAUGGUAGACGAUCUGCACCGUCUGUUGGUGGCCGCUGGAAUCGCCAUGCCUAUCAUCCUGGUUGGCUCCGAGAUUGGCGCACUCAAUAGCAGGUUCUACAGUCACAUACAUAACGUGCAAGUGACAGACCUGGUGUUGAUUGAUCCUAUACCAGAAGACCUUUUUGAAGAGGAGCAGUGGAAGGAGUAUUGGCACGGUAAGCUGCUGCCAUCCCUUCAAGCCAAGCAGUUUUCCGCAGCUUCCGGGCUGAGCCGCUUGCUGAUUAUCCUGGGCGCCAUUGAACCAACUAUCAAAGAAAAUGUCUCCGAGGAGAUCAUCCAGCGGCAGAAAUACCUGCUAAGUAACCCUGCCCAUCAGAGUGGCGCUGUGGACGAGCAUUACUUUCUCAAUGAAAGUGCAGCACAAGUAAGGGACAUCACAAAAUAUAAGCCCCUCUCCAGCAGAACGUCAGUAAGUGUGAUCACGGGGGAUUCCUUUGACCAGCAAAUCCCCGAACACCUAAAUCAGAUGGUAUCCAAGCUUCAAAAGAAGUUUCUGGAGGAGUCCUACCCAUCAGCCAAUCACAUUCACAUAAAAGGAGUAGACCGUCGAAUGAUCUACAUGAAGCCAUCUGCCAUCAGCCAGUACCUGAGGAAGCUCGUCAACCAGCGACAAGCCAGGCAGAGCGAGUGACCCAUGGCCAACAUGUAAAUAAAGCACACCCAGGUAGAAUGUUUUAUAAUUAGUCUGUAAAACAUUCAAGUCAUCUUUUUUAGUUUUCCCUCUGGCAUAACGUAGAGAUCAUCUGCAAGACCGGUAAGGUUCAUCGUAUAGUUCCGUUUUUUUUUUUUAAACAGCUUUGCUGUAUUGGUAGCUUUAAUUGAGGAAAGCUGGAGGGUAUUCAGCUUGAUGAAAAUAUUUGAAAAUCUUAUCUUUGAGGUUGUUAUUCCAGCCUCUUUACCUGGUUGGCCAAUACCAAAAAUGACUUCUUAUCAUUGGAAAGGCCACACACUUCCCUGCUCAACCUCGUACUUUUAUCUCUUGCAGUUGUGUCUUAAGAUUAUUAAAUGUUAUGACCGCGGGGCAAAGUAUAUGAAAUUCAUCAUUUUUGCUAGAUUGAGUCCGAUUGUAACAUGACACAGACUUCUAUAUCGAAUCAUUUUCGCAGACUGGUAAUUCAGGAAUGAAACUAUUCAAAUGAAGAUUUUUUUUCAUUAUCUUUACACUGUGUGCACAGUUAUUAGGCAAGUCGGUAUUUUGACCAUAUUCUCAUUUGUAUGCAUAUUUUCCAACCCCAAGCUGAAUAAACUUGAAUGCCUAUUGGGUUUAAGCAUA